CUGAGCCUCCCCCGCGCAGGGUGCGCCCCGCACGCUUAUCCUGCCCCGGAGCAGCGCCAGCACCCAGCCCUCGUUCCACAGCCGCUGCGAGAUGCUGCGCUCCACGUCCACCGUCACCCUGCUCUCAGGUGGCAGCGCCAAGUCUCCUGGGACACCCAGUAGGAGGGCAAAUGUCUGCAGACUGCGGCUGACCGUGCCUCCAGAGAGUCCAGGGCCCCAGCAAUCGGAAAAGAAGAUUGAGAGGAAAGAUCAGCCUCCAGAACUAAGCAAUGGAGAACCUACCAGGAAGCUUCCUCAGGGUGUUGUCUAUGGUGUGGUGCGAAGAUCGGAUCCCAACCAGCAGAAGGAAAUGGUUGUGUAUGGCUGGUCCACCAAUCAGCUGAAAGAAGAGAUGAACUACAUCAAAGAUGUGAGGGCCACGUUGGAGAAAGUGAGGAUGCGAAUGUAUGGAGACUACGAUGAGAUGAGGCAGAAGAUACGCCAGCUCACCCAGGACCUGUCGGUUUCUCAAGCUCAGCAGGACUACCUAGAUAGUCACAUCCAAGCACAGUCGUCAGCCCUGGACAGCUUCAAUGCCAUGAACUCGGCGUUGGCGUCUGACUCUGUUGGCCUGCAGAAAACCCUUGUGGAUGUGACUUUGGAAAACAGCAACAUCAAGGAUCAAAUCAGACAUUUGCAGCAGACCUAUGAAGCAUCCAUGGACAAGCUUCGGGAGAAACAGAGGCAGUUAGAGGCUGCCCAAAUGGAAAACCAGCUGCUGAAAAUGAAGGUGGAGUCUUCUCAAGAAGCCAACGCUGAGGUGAUGCGGGAGAUGACGAGGAAGCUGUACAGUCAGUAUGAGGAGAAACUGCAGGAGGCACAACGCAAGCACAGUGCAGAGAAGGAGGCACUCCUGGAAGAAACCAACAGCUUUCUGAAAGCCAUCGAAGAGGCCAAUAAAAAAAUGGAGGCAGCUGAGCUCAGCCUGGAGGAGAAAGACCAGAGGAUCGGGGAGCUGGACAGGCUGAUUGAGCGAAUGGAGAAGGAACGCCAUCAACUCCAGCUCCAGCUCCUUGAGCAUGAAACAGAAAUGUCAGGGGAGAUUGCGGAUUCUGAUAAGGACAGGUACCAGCAGCUGGAGGAGGCAUCAGCCAGCCUCCGAGAGCGGAUCAGACACCUGGAUGACAUGGUGCAUUGCCAGCAGAAGAAAGUCAAGCAGAUGGUUGAGGAGAUUGAAUCAUUAAAGAAAAAAGUGCAACAGAAGCAGCUCCUAAUAUUGCAGCUGUUAGAAAAAAUCUCUUUCCUGGAAGGAGAGAAUAAUGAACUACAAAGCAGAUUGGACUACUUGACAGAAACCCAGCCCAAGACGGAAGUGGAGACCAGAGAAGUUGGAGUGGGCUGUGAUCUUCUACCCAGAAAAUUCAUUUGCAAAUUGCCCGACAAAGGUAAAAAGAUAUCGGACACCGUUGCCAAACUGAAAGCUGCCAUUGCAGAACGAGAAGUUAAAGGGAUAAGUGAACUGUUUGAUCCUGUUAGUGUAGACUGUAAGCUAAGGCAAAAAACAACCACAAGAGUUGAUAUUGACAUAGACAAGGCCCAGAAUUCUGACCUGAUCCUUGAUACUUCAUCAUUAGUUCUUGACUGUUCCUCUGUAGACAUCAAACCAUCUAAAACAACCUCAGAAACACAAGGACCUGUACAUCUCACUCACAAAGGCAGUGAAGAGACUUUGGAGGCUGACUGCACAGUGAACACCGGCCCAGUUCCCGGCAUUAGAGCCAGGGCACCCUCAUCUGAAGUUAACAAACAUCUCCCCCAGUGCCCCGUUUCAAGUCAAGUGGAAGACCUUUCCAGCAGCGUUGACAGUCUGUUUAUCACUAAGUUGCAAAAGAUCACAAUUGCAGACCAGAGUGAACCCUCAGAAGAAAACAGCAGCUCUGAGAACGUGCCAGAGCUCCGGAGUGAAACUCCCAAGAGGCCUCAUUACAUGGAAGUGCUAGAAAUGCGAGCCAAAAACCCUGUGCCCCCUCCUCAUAAGUUUAAGACCAAUGUGUUACUCACACAACAGAGUGACUCACCAAGUCAUUGUCAGAGGGAUGAGUCUCCUUCCUCAGAAGAGCGGCGACGCAGGGCUAGGCAACAUCUUGAUGACAUCACAGCAGCGCGCCUCCUCCCGCUCCACCACCUGCCUGCACAGCUGCUCUCCAUAGAAGAGUCGCUGGCUCUGCAGAAGGAGCAGAAACAGAAUUAUGAGGAGAUGCAAGCAAAGCUCGCAGCACAGAAACUAGCUGAGAGACUGAAUAUUAAAAUGCAGAGCUACAAUCCAGAAGGGGAGUCUUCAGGGAGAUACCGAGAAGUGAGGGAUGAAGAUGAUGCCCAGUCCUCGGAUGAAUUCUGAAGAUGAGCACUGGGAGAGUUAUCUCCAAAGCUGACUGUUGAGCCGUCAUUGCCUCAUAGCAAACUUCCUACCAAGUAUCAAGAUCAGUGUCAGACCUUGUUGAGGGACAGCAGUUUUUAAAGUUACACAAAGGUAGCUACAAAGUAAGAGCCCAGUUUGUCUUUCGGAAGAUGAUCUUCAUGUGCUUGAACAGUUUAAUAUUUCAACAUUGUGUUUGACCGUAUUGUAUUACAGUUUUGCAGUAUGUUGUGCAUUGGUCUGAUAUUUUAGUGUGAGUAAAACACACUUUUUCUUUAAGAUAGCUGCUUUUUCCUUAUUUUUACUCUUAUCAAAUAGUGUUGCUUACAUCCCUUCUGGUAAAAUACUUUGUUAUCCCAGGCACCUAAAAAUUAAUUAGGAAGACCUGGUUUCUUUUCUUGAUAAAUGCAAGGAGCAGUCUAGAGAAUGGUACGCAUGCUUGCAUGGAGUUCCUGAGAUGCUGGGUGUGAAAUAUUGAGGAAGACACUUGAUUUUUACAACAAGUGUUUAUUUGCUCUUCCUGUCUUUUGGGGUGACUGCUGUCUUCCUGUGGUGAAGAUAAGAGCACCUUGAGGAAGCUCUGGGUGGGGAGGGUGUUCUGAGCUGGUUUGGGGAGCUAGCUGCUCUUCCCUUCUCCAGCUCAUUGCUGUCUUGGAUGAUAGGUCCAUGUACAGGGCGCUCGUGUUUGCUAAGGAAACUGCUGUUUUUCUAAGCGUUACAGUUGUCAGUGUAUUGCUUUUUUUCCUUUUUAAACCCAAAGAGGUGUUUAUAGGCUGCAGAAACCUCAGUCUCAUAUAUGUACACAUUUGUGUUGUUUAAAUGAUCAUAUCAUCUUCAGCAAAGAUAACAAUAUGUUAUCAAAAACCUUUGUCUAUUAUGUGGAACCUAUAAAGAAAAAAAUAAAAUAACAAUCAAAACAACUUCA